AUCUUAUAAAUCAAGUUUUGUUCUGGUAUAAUCAAUUUUAUUAUUAUUUUAGUUAUUUCAUGCUUUCAGUAGUGUAUUACGACGAUGGGUAUCUUGGACAUAUGCUGUAGUUGCUGUUCUGGUGACACCGUCCUUCCUGAUGAGGUGCCACGUCAUCAUAUAAGUCGUGUGCAACCUCCUCCAAAGCCGAAAGAUAGUGAGGUAAUUGAAGAAUCGGAGGAAGUUGUUGAUCAGGAGGGCGAAGUAACUGCAGAUGUUGGUGUUGAGGGGAUUCCUUCUCUGGCACCGAAACGUCCUCUUAAAGAGUGCAGGCUGAAACCUGGGAGGCGCCGCAUUACUUUGACUGGUGCUGCUGCGGCUUUACCACCAUGUUCCGAUGCUGAAUGUGUCGGUGCUAUUCCAAAGGUACAGUCAACAAAGGUACCUUUGGGUCCCGGUGCCUACUUGAUGUACUCAUUGGAGGGAAAUGGAUGUUUAAGCAUCAAUUUUGCUAAACAGGCGCCUAAAAGUUUAGAUGGAGUUUUGGCAUACAUGAAGCCAACUAUCGAGUUGAGCAGUUACCUCUACACUAAUGAUGGAGGUAACCCGAAGGUUGCCAUGGAUUUGCAAUACUGUAUGAGAAGUCAGUAUGCAAGCGACCGUAAACCGUAUUAUCAGGCAUGGUGUAAAUUUUUGAAGCUUGCCACUUCUUACAAUGGUGCCAUUUACCUUAUGGAAGGUUCUGAUUUGUCCCCGCCUCCCAAAGUUGAGAUUCUUCUGUUGAAGGACGGUGUUGUAAAACCAGCAGAGAAGCUGGUAUCUAUUGAUUUGAGUAAAUAUAGUGCCGUCGGUGUUAUUCCUCCGGCACUUGACUACAAAUCUGUAGAUAACUUUAAUGAACGCACCAAGUUUUGUGCUACCUGUGAUGAAUAUGGCUCUACACUGUUGAUUUGAGAGCUAUUCGUACGGUUUUAGAAGUGCUUUGUAAUUCCAACCUU